AUGACCCACAUUACAACCUUCUGCCUCCCCUCCCCUCCCCUGUCCUCUCCUCCCCUCCCCUCCCACGUCACUGCUGCUCUUCAGAUAAAAAGCCCCUUUGUUUCCCAGGAGGGAGGGAGGGAGGGAGGUCUCUAGGGUGAACUGCCACCAUGCAACCCGCCGUUUAACAGGGAAAAGAGGACUUCCCACCCUGUCACCCCCCCCACCCCGGCCUGUCACCCCCCCCACCCCGGCCUGUCACCCCCCCCACCCUGGUCUGUCAUCCCCCCCCACCCCGGCCUGUCACCCCCCCCCCCCCGGCCUGUCACCCCCCCCAUCCUGGUCUGUCAUCCCCCCCCCCCCCCCCCAAAAAAAAUACCAAAUACCCCCACCAACGAAUAAGGCUUUUGAAUGUUUUGAUAAAAAUGUAUAAUUCGUAUAUCUGAAGACAGUAGAUUAACAUGAUUUACAAAACAAACAUUUAAACAACUAUGUUUAUUCGUAUAGAAAUGUUCAUGUUUUACAUACAUAGCUUUGUAGUAACAAAUUGUUAAAAAUAAAGAAUAACACUGAAUAGCAUCAUCACUAAGUUUCUCUCAGAUGAAUGAGCAGAGUAGAUUUCAUUUCAAUGUUAUUGUGUGACAUGUUCAUUGAUAUACUCUGUGUGUGUGUGUGUGUGUGUGUGUGUGUGUUUGUGUGUGUGUGUGUGUUUGUGUGUUACAGACCUACUAUUUGAAAUCAUUUCAAAUACUUUAACUGGGCAUGACCGAGCUUACCUUGGCAGUCCAGGCAGGCCUAAAGCAAACAAUAAAAAAAAAAAUGUUUGAAAGAUUUCAAAUAGUAUUUGAACCCAGGUCUGGUGUGCUGUGUGUGAAAUUAAUUUUCCGCAUUAAAAAGAUAGCGGAAGGAAUCUACAGACAGACGGACGGUCUCAAAGUCCUCUCCAUCACCGUCUCUCUAUUAACGUACUGUGGGGAGGAAGUGUCCAUGAGAAACAACAGGGCCCGAUCCCAGAUGGACUCUAGACACGACGUCCUAUACACUUGUGGAGAUCUGAGAGGAGCCUAUCAGAGGGCAAGGUGGAGCUAUUACCAGAUUGAUUGCACCUGUCAAAUCUUAUCAGAUCCCCACAAGUGCAGAGGGUCUAGGGGUCCAUUUGGGAUUGGGCCAACAACAUCCACUAGUCCUAGUGCAGAGGGUCUAGGGGUCCAUUUGGGAUUGGGCCAACAACAUCCACUAGUCCUAGUGCAGAGGGUCUAGGGGUCCAUUUGGGAUUGGGCCAACAACAUCCACUAGUCCUAGUGCAGAGGGUCUAGGGGUCCAUUUGGGAUUGGGCCAACAACAUCCACUAGUCCUAGUGCAGAGGGUCUAGGGGUCCAUUUGGGAUUGGGCCAACAACAUCCACUAGUCCUAGUGCAGAGGGUCUAGGGGUCCAUUUGGGAUUGGGCCAACAACAUCCACUAGUCCUAGUGCAGAGGGUCUAGGGGUCCAUUUGGGAUUGGGCCAACAACAUCCACUAGUCCUAGUGCAGAGGGUCUAGGGGUCCAUUUGGGAUUGGGCCAACAACAUCCACUAGUCCUAGUGCAGAGGGUCUAGGGGUCCAUUUGGGAUUGGGCCAACAACAUCCACUAGUCCUAGUGCAGAGAAUUUAUACAAAACCAGCUGUGUAUUCUGUUCAUACCCAGUACAUCAUAAUACAAAACCAGCUGUGUAUUCUGUUCAUACCCAGUACAUCAUAAUACAAAACCAGCUGUGUAUUCUGUUCAUACCCAGUACAUCAUAAUACAAAACCAGCUGUGUAUUCUGUUCAUACCCAGCACAUCAUAAUACAAACCAGCUGUGUAUUCUGUUCAUACCCAGCACAUCAUAAUACAAAACCAGCUGUGUAUUCUGGUCAUACCCAGUACAUCAUAAUACAAAACCAGCUGUGUAUUCUGUUCAUCCCCAGUACAUCAUAAUACAAAACCAGCUGUGUAUUCUGUUCAUCCCCAGUACAUCAUAAUACAAAACCAGCUGUGUAUUCUGUUCAUACCCAGUACAUCAUAAUACAAAACCAGCUGUGUAUUCUGUUCAUACCCAGCACAUCAUAAUACAAAACCAGCUGUGUAUUCUGUUCAUACCCAGUACAUCAUAAUACAAAACCAGCUGUGUAUUCUGUUCAUACCCAGUACAUCAUAAUACAAAACCAGCUGUGUAUUCUGUUCAUACCCAGUACAUCAUAAUACAAAACCAGCUGUGUAUUCUGUUCAUACCCAGUACAUCAUAAUACAAAACCAGCUGUGUAUUCUGUUCAUACCCAGCACAUCAUAAUACAAAACCAGCUGUGUAUUCUGUUCAUACCCAGUACAUCAUAAUACAAAACCAGCUGUGUAUUCUGUUCAUACCCAGCACAUCAUAAUACAAAACCAGCUGUGUAUUCUGUUCAUACCCAGCACAUCAUAAUACAAAACCAGCUGUGUAUUCUGUUCAUACCCAGCACAUCAUAAUACAAAACCAGCUGUGUAUUCUGUUCAUACCCAGUACAUCAUUAUAGUUAAGGUAUUCAGGCUAAGAGAGAAACGCAUUAAGAUACCCCAUACAGACAACAGAGACCCUCCUUCACUCUUCACUCCCAGAGACGUGACCGGGUCGGCGCCGUCAGUGUAUCCUAUUCUCUGAAACACGGGGUGGGUCCACAACGGCACCCUAUUCCAUAUCUAGUGCACUCCUUUCGACCAGGGUCCCAUAGGGCUCUAGUCAAAUGUAGUGCACUAUAAAGGGGCGAGGGUGGCAUUUCAGACGCAGGCAGAGACAGGACACAACACAGUGAGAGGACUAAACACAUCUCACCACAAGGCCUUUAACAUGUCAAUGUCUCUCUUCAGUCCACAGGGUUCAGUCAGGGCAGGAGCCUAGCUUAGCAGGGUUUACCUACUGUACACCCCUUUCACAGUCCCUUUCGCCUGAGGGUGGUAAGUAUAGUUCACGGUCAUGUUAAAAUCGGGAAAAUAUGAAUGUAACAUUUUUCAGUCUUUUCUUCCGUUUGGUGCCUUGUGAACACGACCCGGUUCAGUUCCUCUCGAUCUGAUCGAUGUCCAGAUCUCCUCCCAGCUGAUACCCAUCCUUCCUGGUGCCAGUGGCUGCCCCUGCUGUCACGUCAUCGCAGACCGCGGAGCUCAGCCAAUCCAGCUCCUCGAUGGAGGUGGCUGGAUCCUCCUCCCCAGAGACACUAGUGAUGACUCCGCCCUCUUUGGAGCUGGCGGUUGGAUCGUCCAAUCCCUGAUUGCCUGCAGAGGCGAAGUCAGUCUCACAUUGGUCAGUGGUCCUCUGAGGGGGCGGGCCCUGGGUUGAUUGAUAGCUGUUGUCCCCAGUGAUCCCAGGGCAGCUGAGGCUUUGGAAAUUCCGACGUUUCUGUGGAUAAAAAAAACAACAAGUUUUUUGUUUAGUAUAUUUAUUUUGUCUCAGAGGAAAAAGCAGAAACUAAAGCAAACAGGGACGGGGGUAGAGUGGGGAGAGGGCAUACUGAACAGCCAUACUCAGUCAGUUUGGUUUCCAUGGAGAUGGAAUAUUUGGCAUCUUGGCAUUUUCCUUGGUCUGCAGUCCAGCACAUGAUAAAAGUCCUCUCUCCCUCAGUCUCGUUCUCCCCCUCUGUCUCCUCCCUCUACGUCUCCCUCCCUCUCCCUCCCUCUACGUCUCCCUCCCUCCCUACGUCUCCCUCCCUCUACGUCUCCCUCCCUACGUCCCCCUCCCUACGUCCCCCUCCCCCUCCCUCCCUCCCCCCAGGCCACUCAGUAAAUCCUCCCUACUCCUCCUACGCCUCAAAGUCAUCCUACGUCUCCCUCCUAGUCUCCCUCCCUAUCAAUAGUCUUACUCUAAGUCCCUCCCUCUACAUCACCUCCCCUAAACUCUCUCUCACUCCCUCCCAUCCCUCCCCCUACUAUCCCUACACUCUCCUCCCUCCCCAUCCCUCCCUCCCUCUCCCUCCUUCCCCUCCGCUCCCUCCCCUCCCCCUCCCUCUCUCUCCAUACGUCUCCCUCCCUCCCUCUCCCCCCUCUCUCCCUCCGUCUCCCUCCCUCCCUCCGUCUCCCUCCUACGUCUCCCUCCCUCUCUCUACCUCCCUCCGUCUCCCUCCCUCUCUACGUCUCCCCCCUCUCCCCCUCCCUACGUCUCCCUCCCUCUUCGACGUCCCCUACUCCAUCUCCCUCCCUACGUCUCCCUCCCUCUCCCGCCCAUCUAAACAGUAUGUUUUCUAGAAUAAUGUUGAUGGCUAUUUUAGAACAUGCUAUUACAAAGUAUGUGAAGUAUGAAAUGUUUUUUUAGUCAUUCAUUUACAUCCAAAUAGGGCCUCUUUGAGACGGCUCUUGACCCUAACUAUAACUAGACCUGACUGCAUUAAGCAGACAAAGCCGCAAAAACAGGUUACAUCCUGAAACCUUUUCACUAAGCAACUACACAUUUGUAUCUAUUAGGAGCACACCUCUCCAUGUGUAUACAGACCCUUAUGUAGCCUCUCCAUGUGUAUACAGACCCUUAUGUAGCCUCUCCAUGUGUAUACAGACCCUUAUGUAGCCUCUCCAUGUGUACACAGACCCUUAUGUAGCCUCUCCAUGUGUACACAGACCCUUAUGUAGCCUCUCCAUGUGUACACAGACCCUUAUGUAGCCUCUCCAUGUGUAUACAGACCCUUAUGUAGCCUCUCCAUGUGUAUACAGACCCUUAUGUAGCCUCUCCAUGUGUACACAGACCCUUAUGUAGCCUCUCCAUGUGUACACAGACCCUUAUGUAGCCUCUCCAUGUGUACACAGACCCUUAUGUAGCCUCUCCAUGUGUAUACAGACCCUUAUGUAGCCUCUCCAUGUGUAUACAGACCCUUAUGUAGCCUCUCCAUGUGUACACAGACCCUUAUGUAGCCUCUCCAUGUGUACACAGACCCUUAUGUAGCCUCUCCAUGUGUACACAGACCCUUAUGUAGCCUCUCCAUGUGUACACAGACCCUUAUGUAGCCUCUCCAUGUGUACACAGACCCUUAUGUAGCCUCUCCAUGUGUACACAGACCCUUAUGUAGCCUCUCCAUGUGUAUACAGACCCUUAUGUAGCCUCUCCAUGUGUAUACAGACCCUUAUGUAGCCUCUCCAUGUGUAUACAGACCCUUAUGUAGCCUCUCCAUGUGUAUACAGACCCUUAUGUAGCCUCUCCAUGUGUACACAGACCCUUAUGUAGCCUCUCCAUGUGUACACAGACCCUUAUGUAGCCUCUCCAUGUGUAUACAGACCCUUAUGUAGCCUCUCCAUGUGUACACAGACCCUUAUGUAGCCUCUCCAUGUGUAUACAGACCCUUAUGUAGCCUCUCCAUGUGUACACAGACCCUUAUGUAGCCUCUCCAUGUGUAUACAGACCCUUAUGUAGCCUCUCCAUGUGUAUACAUACCCUUAUGUAGCCUCUCCAUGUGUAUACAGACCCUUAUGUAGCCUCUCCAUGUGUAUACAGACCCUUAUGUAGCCUCUCCAUGUGUACACAGACCCUUAUGUAGCCUCUCCAUGUGUACACAGACCCUUAUGUAGCCUCUCCAUGUGUACACAGACCCUUAUGUAGCCUCUCCAUGUGUACACAGACCCUUAUGUAGCCUCUCCAUGUGUAUACAGACCCUUAUGUAGCCUCUCCAUGUGUAUACAGACCCUUAUGUAGCCUCUCCAUGUGUAUACAGACCCUUAUGUAGCCUCUCCAUGUGUACACAGACCCUUAUGUAGCCUCUCCAUGUGUACACAUACCCUUAUGUAGCCUCUCCAUGUGUACACAGACCCUUAUGUAGCCUCUCCAUGUGUACACAGACCCUUAUGUAGCCUCUCCAUGUGUACACAGACCCUUAUGUAGCCUCUCCAUGUGUACACAGACCCUUAUGUAGCCACCAAACCAUUGAGAGAGUACAGCCGACAGAGUCAUCUAGGAUUUCUUAGUAACAGACUAAUAGUAGCCGGCUGGGCUGAUCCCGGAACUCCCAGAACAUGUGAUGUUGUCAUGGUAACGACCGGCACGUUAACAGAUACUUUUUGAAGCAAGCUGGGUGAACGGCUGUACUGAUCGUUUACCUUUUAGGCAUCAUGCUACGGCCUGACCUUUUGACCCUCUGGCUGUAGAAUGACAAAGGCUGUCCUGAAUGUCUUGAAGUAGUAGUCCUAUAUAAGCCUGCUAAUUGUCAUGAAUUACAACGACGUAAACCCACCCUAUGAAACCAGCCUGCCCCAUAUACUAAUUUCAGCAAAUCAGAUUGAUGAUUUUCCCUUUAACUAGUCUUCUAAAUACUAGACUAGUAACCAUUAACCGGGUUCCUAACUCCACCCCUUUGCCUUGUGGUCCUCUGUAGCUUAGUUGGUAGAGCAUGGCUCUUGCAACACCAGGAUAGUGGGUUCAAUUCCCGGGUCCACUCGUAUGUCGCUUUGGAUGAAUGUCUGCUAAAUGGCAAAUAUUCUCACUAUAUUAUUCCCCUACUAACCUGUGUCAUCUUGGCAAGGUCCAGAGAAGGCCUCUGUCUGUGUGAGUCAGCUGGUCUCCUCCGCUUCACACUCAUCUUCUUGUCGUUGAGGACGCAGGGCUGAGAGCGGCUCCGGGCCAGCCCACCCUUCCCAGCACGGCGCUCCAUCUCUGGGGUGGAGUCUGGGGAGCUCAGGGGCGACGCCGGGCCUCCCUGGAUCUCUGGGAGGCAGAUCUGUCCGUGAGAGAGGUAGAGGAAGGGCCUGGGGGGCUCUGAGGACAGGGAGGAGUAGGAGGUGGGGGCCAGGCCGCUGAAGGAGGAAGGGCAGGGGAGGCAUUUCUCCUGGGUGAAGCCAGGGAGAUCCAGGGAGAGGGUGUUGGAGCGAGCUGGCAGGCUGAAGCUGGCGCUACGCUGCAUGGCAGGGAACCCUAGCUGCUGAGAGCGUGUCCCUCCUGUUGCAACUCCUCUCUGGACACUUCCUCCACUGUGGCAUCGCCUCUUCGCCACAGACGUCCACACCCGGGACCCCUGGGGCCUCCAGGCCGACCGACAGCCUCCCAGGUCCUCUGAGCAGGAGAGGGAGCGGCACUGGCGCUUGGAGGGUGGAGCGGCGGAGGGUGAGGAGGCUGACGCCUCACCCAGGCUCAGAUCCUGUAGCAGGCUGGUGAUGGUGCCUGGGGCGGGGAUGGGGACCAGUCCGGUGGUGGUGAUGCUGGUGGGACCCAGUGCUGCGUCUCUGCCCCCCCAGCGGACUGGGCACUGGUAGUAGUGGUGAGGUAGAACCUCAGAGGGCAGGACAUCCCACAGGUUCUCCAGGCUGCUGGACUCCACCGAGGGUCUCUGGUGAUGCAGGGCUCCACAGCCCCCCCGGGCCAGACCCAUGCCCACGUCACGCCACCUGCUGCCGGUCUCUGAAACACAGUAAUAAAGAUGGAAAUAGUCAGGGGAACAUAUAGCCUACAACACAACAUGGAAAUAGUCAGGGGAACAUAUAGCCUACAACACAACAUGGAAAUAGUCAGGGGAACAUAUAGCCUACAACACAACAUGGAAAUAGUCAGGGGAACAUAUAGCCUACAACACAACAUGGAAAUAGUCAGGGGAACAUAUAGCCUACAACACAACAUGGAAAUAGUCAGGGGAACAUAUAGCCUACAACACAACAUGGAAAUAGUCAGGGGAACAUAUAGCCUACAACACAACAUGGAAAUAGUCAGGGGGAAAGAAGGGGAACAUACAGUGCAUUCAGAAAGUAUUCAGACUCCUUUAUUUUUUCCACAUUUUGUUACGUUACAACCUUAUUCUAAAAAGGAUUAAAUAGUUUUUUCCCCCCUCAUCAAGCUCAUACAAUAAAUGACAAUGAAAAAAAUGAAAUAUUACAUUUACAUAAGUAUUCAGACCCUUUACUCAGUACUUUGUUGAAGCACCUUUCGCAGCGAUUACAGCCUUGAGUCUUCUUGGAUAUGACGCUACAAGCUUGGUACACCUGUAUUUGGGGAGUUUCUCCCAUUCUUCUCUGCAGAUCCUCUCAAGCUCUGUCAGGUUGGAUGGGGAGCAUCGCUGCUCAGCUAUUUUCAGGUCUCUCCAGAGAUGUUUGAUCGGGUUCAAGUCCGGGCUCUGGCUGGGCCACUCAAGGAUAUUUUAGAGACUUUUCCCGAAGCCACUCCUGCCUUGUCUUGGCUGUGUGCUUAGGGUCGUUGUCCUGUAGGAAGGUGAACCUUCGCCCCAGUUGGAGGUCCUGAGCGCUCUGGAGCAGGUUUUCAUCAAGGAUCUCUCUGUACUUUGCUCCGUUCAUAUUUCCCUCGAUCCUGACUAGUCUUCCAGUCCCUGCCGCUGAAAAACAUCCCCACAGCAUGAUGCUGCCACCCCCAUGCUUCACCGUAGGGAUGGUACCAGAUUUCCUCCAGACAUGACGCUUGGCAUUCAGGCCAAAGAGUUCAAUAUUGGUUUCAUCAGACCAGAGAAUCUUGUUUCUCAUGGUCUGAGAGUCCUUUAGGUGCCUUUUGGCAAACUCCAAGCAGGCUUCCGUCUGGCCACUCUACCAUAAAGGCCUGAUUGGUGGAGAUGCAGCGAUGGUUGUCCUUCUGGAAGGUUCUCCCAUCUCCCCAGAGGAACUCUGUCAGAGUGACCAUCGGGUUCUUGGUCACCUCCCUGACCAAGGCCCUUCUCCCCCAAUUGCUCAGUUUGCCCGGGCGGCCAGCUAUAGGAAGAGUCUUGGUGAUUCCAGACUUCUUCCAUUUAUGAAUGAUGGAGGCCACUGUGUUCUUGGGGAACUUCAAUGCUGCAGAAAUGUUUUGGUACCCUUCUCCAGAUCUGUGCCUCGACACAAUCCUGUCUCUGAGCUCUACGGACAAUUCCGUCGACCUCAUGGCUUGGGUUUUGCUCUGACAUGCACUGUCAAUUGUGGGACCUUAUAUAGACAGAUGUGUGCCUUUCCAAAUCAUGUCCAAUCAAUUGAAUUUACCACAGGUGGACUCCAAUCAAGUUGUAGAAACAUCUCAAGGAUGAUCCAGCAGCGUUCGAUUGAAGAGCAUGCAUUUAGUCUUACUAGUGUUUAAGAGCAGUUGGAGGCUACUGAAGGAGUGUUGUAUGGCAUUGAAGCUCGUUUGGAGGUUUGUUAACACAGUGUCCAAUGAAGGGCUAGAUGUAUACAAAAUGGUGUCUGCGUAGAGGUGGAUCUGAGAGUCACCAGCAGCAAGAGCGACAUCAUUGAUAUACACGGAGAAAAGAGUCGGCCCAAGAAUUGAACCCUGUGGCACCCCCAUAGAGACUGCCAUAGGUCCAGACAACAGGCCCUCCGAUUUGACACAUUGAACUCUAUCUGAGAAGUAGUUGGUGAACCAGGCAAGGCAGUCAUUUGAGAAACCAAGGCUAUUUAGUCUGCCAAUAAGAAUGCAGUGGUUGACUGAGUCGAAAGCCUUGGCCAGGUCGAUGAAGACGGCUGCACAGUACUGUCUUUUAUCGAUCGCGGUUAUAAUAUCGUUUAGGACCUUGAGCGUGGCUGAAGUGCACCCAUGACCAGCUAGGAAACCGGAUUGCGUAGCGGAGAAGGUACGGUGGGAUUCGAAAUGGUCGGUGAUCUGUUUGUUAACUUGGCUUUCAAAUACUUUCGAAAGGCAGGGGGGGGAUGGAUAUAGGUCUGUAACAGUUUGGAUCUAGAGUGUCACCCCCUUUGAAGAGGGGGAUGACCGCGGCAGCUUUCCAAUCUCUGGGGAUCUCAGACGUUACGAAAGAGAGGUUGAACAGACUAGUAAUAGGGGUUGCGACAAUUUCAGCGGCUAGUUUUAGAAAGAAAGGGUCCAGAUUGUCUAGCCCAGCUGAUUUAUAGGGGUCCAGAUUUUGCAGCUCUUUCAGAACAUCAGCUGUCUGAAUUUGUGUGAAGGAGAAGCGGGGGGGGGCAUGGGCAAGUUGCAGCGGAGGGUGCAGAGUUGGUGGCCGGGGUAGCGGUAGCCAGGUGGAAAGCAUGGCCAGCCGUAGCAAAAUGCUUGUUGAAAUUCUCCAUUAUUGUAGAUUUAUCAGUGGUGACAGUGUUUCCUAGCCUCAUUGCAGUGGGCAGCUGGGAGGAAGUGCUCUUAUUCUCCAUGGACUUUACAGUGUCCCAAAACUUUUUGGAGUUAGUGCUACAGGAUGCACAUUUCUGUUUGAAAAAGUUAGCCUUUGCUUUCCUGACUGCUUGUGUAUAUUGGUUCCUAACUUCCCUGAAAAGUUGCAUAUCGCUGGGGCUAUUUGAUGCUAAUGCAGUACGCCACAGGAUGUUUUUGUGCUGGUCAAGGGCAGUCAAGUCUGAGGAGAACCAGGGGCUAUAUCUGUUCUUAGUUUUGUAUUUUUUGAAUGGGGCAUGUUUAUUUAAGAUUGAGAGGAAAUUACUUUUAAAGAACAACCAGGCAUCCUCUACUGACAGAAUGAGAUCUAUAUCCAUCCAGGAUACCUGGGCCAGGUCAAUUAGGAAGGCCUGCUCGCUAAAGUGUUUUAGGGAGCGUUUACUCCAACCCUGUUCCUGGAAAGCUACCAUCCCGUAGGUUAACGCCAACCCUGUUCCUGGAAAGCUACCAUCCCGUAGGUUAACACCAACCCUGUUCCUGGAAAGCUACCAUCCCGUAGGUUAACGCCAACCCUGUUCCUGGAAAGCUACCAUCCCGUAGGUUAACACCAACCCUGUUCCUGGAAAGCUACCAUCCCGUAGGUUAACACCAACCCUGUUCCUGGAAAGCUACCAUCCCGUAGGUUAACGCCAACCCUGUUCCUGGAAAGCUACCAUCCCGUAGGUUAACGCCAACCCUGUUCCUGGAAAGCUACCAUCCCGUAGGUUAACGCCAACCCUGUUCCUGGAAAGCUACCAUCCCGUAGGUUAACGCCAACCCUGUUCCUGGAAAGCUACCAUCCCGUAGGUUAACGCCAACCCUGUUCCUGGAAAGCUACCAUCCCGUAGGUUAACACCAACCCUAAUCUAGCACACCUGAUUCUAAUAAUUCACUGGGUGAUCAACUGAAUCAGGUUUAUAUAAAAAUAUAACGAACAGCUGACUGGAGACGGGAUGGCCGGCAUUCGUACAGUUGAGUCCGUUUCUGCGGUAACAUGGACAACUAGCAAACAAGCAGCAGCAGCACUCACAGAAAUAUAAUGAAUAGAACAGGCUAGGGAACAUCUAACCCUGGUAAUUUGACUGGUAAACUCAGGGGUACACUCGCAAGGGCUGCCUGGUAUUGUGAUGCAAUCAUUUCCAUGGUAAUGUAGAAUAUUAAUUUCAGAUGCUAACUGAUGUGGCUCAUGUAGAGGAAUUGGAUUUGUUGUGAUGUCAUGAGUUGAAUCAACAAAUGACUAGUGCUGUCACGAUACCAGAAUUUUGAUACCGAUACCAGAUUUAGUAUCACGAUACUCGAUUCCUAAACGAUGCCACGGCAACAAAAAAAAGGCGUAUUAGCCAGUCAUAGAAUGGCACUAGAUCCAGACAGAUAAACUCAGCUACUGCUCUGUUCAAUCAUUGGGCAUCUUUUGAGUUCAAUAUCAUUACAUUUGAACCUGUAUAUAAAUUGUUUAGAGAUAGCCAUGUAUAGAUUAAUUAAUCAAUUACACAAAUCAUCCAAUAACAUUUGACUUAGUUUUUAACCGGAUCUAACUACAAAACAUAAAUGGUAAUAAUUUAUUUCAAAAUGGUAAAUCUAUUGAUAAACUGGUUAAAUCAAGAUGUAGCCUAGGUCUAUUCCCAAUACAGGUGAAUGCAUAUUAUUCAAUAGGAGUGUGUACAUGCAUUGAGUUACUGCGCUUGUUUUUGCUGAUUUCAUGGGGGCAACGCAUGAAAAACAAUCCCUUCCAUUUAUACUGAACAAAAAUAUAAAAUGUAUCAUGAGCUGGGAAAAAUAAAUCCCAGAAAAAUGUUCCAUACGCACAAAAAGCUUUUACAUCCCUGUUAGUGAGCUUUUCUCCUUUGACAAGAUAAUCCAUCCACCUGACAGGUGUGGCAUAUCAAGAAGCUGAUUAAAACAGCAUGAUCAUUACACAGGUGCACCUUGUGCUGGGGACAAUAAAAGGCCACUAAAAUGUGCACACAUCACAAUGCCACAGAUGUUUUGAGGAAGUGUGCAAUUGGCAUGCUGACUGCAGGAAUGUUCCCCAGAGCUGUUGCCAGAUAAUUUAAAUGUUCAUUUCUCCACCAUAAGCCGCCUCCAACGUUGUUUAAAAUAAUUUGGCAGUACAUCCAACCGGCCUCACGACCACAAGAACAGACAAAAUGCAUUCUGGGAACGUUCUUGCAACAUCACCGAAUGUUUAAUAGAAAUAUUGUAAAAUCAACAGCAUGACUGGACAGUUUUUGUGUUGAGAACAUUUGCCGCAACCUAACGAACGUUCUGCCAACUUUCACAGAACCCAUUUUGGUUUGCUGGGAAAACAUUACCGGUACAUUGGCGUUAGUGUUAUUACAUUACCUGGAAACCAAAUGAGAACUUUUGGGGAAUGUUCUGUUGGGGGUUAUUACAGAGGUUGUGCACAACAUUUUUGUGCACGUUAGGAGAAUAUCCAAAGGAUAUUUCAUUUAAAACAUUUAUUUUUAAAGUAUUUUGUUAUCAAAAACAUUGUUUGAAUGUUUAUGGGAUGUUGUCAUCCUAAUGUUAGAUAAAAACUUAAAUGGGAAUCUUCGGUAAUGUUCUGGGAAUGUUCCCGGUUUGCUGGGUCAUCUUAUAUCUAAGAACAUUAUUUCUAUGAAGAAAAUAAAUACAAACUUUCUACUGUACACAUUGACAAGAAAUGACAGGUGGCACAUUGCCAUGGAUCAUCUCUUCUCUCAUUUAAAAAAAAAGUUUAUAGAAAGGAGAAAGCUUCAGGCAUGUGGGCCUUGUGCCUACAGAAACAUUCUCUCUUUCUCCCUCAUCAGAGUGGAGUAGAGGCUUGGCUGGCUGGCUGGCUGGCUGGCAGGCAGGCAGCGAGCCGAAACAACAGAAAUAGCAGCUCCUGGUUUGUUGGCACCGUCUUAAACUGGGGAGAACUACUGAGCUCUACUGCUCGCUCUUCAGCUCUAGGUAACUUCUGUGUCUGGGAGUCAGCCUCCCUCUGCAUUGAAGAAUGGUACCACUAGGAGUAUGGUACCACUAGGAGUAUGGUACCACUACAAGUAUUGUAGUAUAGCACCAAUAUUAGUUUGGUAAUACCGAGUACGGUACCACUAUGAGUAUGGUAGUAUGGUACCAUUAGAUAGUCAUUUAGCAGACGCUCUUAUCCAGAGCGACUUUACAGUUAGUGAGUGCAUACAUUUAUUUAUUUAUUUAUUUAUUUUCCCCCCAUACCACUGAGUAUGGUACCACUAUGAGUAUGGUACAGGCUUAUGUAAGACAGACCACAAGGACAUUUCAACAUGUAAACAACAUUGGUGGACAUCAGUGGAGGCUCCUCAGAGGAGGAAGGGAAGGACCAUCCUCCUCAGUGAAUUUCAUAGAAAUACAAAAUGUAUCCUUUUUAGAUAAAACUCUACUAAACAUAAUCACGUCACCAAAUAAUUGAUUAAAAUACACCGUUUUGCAAUGACGGUCUACAGUAGCCUCAACAGCACUCUGUAGGGUAGCUCCAUGGUGUAGCCGGAGGACAGCUAGCUUCCGUCCUCCUCUGGGUACAUUGACAUCAAUACAAAAACUUAAGAGGCUCAUGGUUCUCAACCCCUUCCAGACUUACACAGUAUUAUGCCAACUUCCGGAGGACGUCCUCCAACCUAUCAGAGCUCUUGCAGCAUGAACUGACAUGUUGUCCACUCAAUCAAAGGAUCAGAGAAUUAAUCUAGUACUGAAAGCAUUAGCUACAGCUAGCUAGCACUGCGGUGCAUAAAAUGUGAUGAGUAGUUUACUCAAAGAGAGAGAAAGACAAUAGUUGAACAGUUUUGAACAAAUUAAUUUAUUCCAAAAUGAAGCAGAAGCAAGAUAGUUUUUUUUCCACUUUCAGUUUCACUUACUUAGCUAGCAAAUGCAGCUAGCUAGUUUAGCCUACUCAAACACCCUGCUCAAACAGAGGGAUGCUAUGUUAGCUAGCUGGCUAUGACUAUUCAACACAACACUGGAACUCUUCCAAGUCAAGGUAAGCUUUUGGUUUUACAAAUGUAUUGCCACCGGGGCCCGCUGGUGUAAGUUCUAAACUGCUUGCUGACUGUACACUGUACUGCAUGAUUGUAGCGGGUUUACUAACGCGUUAGUUCUAGUAGCUAUUUUUGACUGAUGUUAGCUAAUAUGGUGACAACGAUGUAGGCUGUGUGUAGCGGUUAUGAUAUGAAGGUUUGGCUUGGAAAGGUUUUUUCACCUGGUCACAUACAGCUGAUGUGUUGUGCAUUGAAGUCCACAAACGAAGGGAAAAGGUGAGAGGAGGAGAGCGCACAGAUGCAAGAAAGAAUACAACGUGGCUGCUAUGAAAGUGAACUGUGUUUAUGCGUGAUCAGGGGUGUGUUCAUUCCGCCGAUUCUGUUGAAAAACAAAAAAGCGAAUGGAAAGAAACAGGGAUAAACACGCCUGAAUUUGUCCAAUAGAAAACUCUCGUUUGCAGCGGUUGAACUAAUGAUUACACCCUAGAUUACAUUUACAUUUAGCAGACGCUCUUUAGCAGACGCUCUUAUCCAGAGCGACUUACAAAUUGGCGCAUUCAACUAGAUGCAGGCCAGAGGGUGCAAGGCGGUACUGAAUGCGUCACUGUCUGUCCAUGUGUCACUGUCACCUCAAGAUUCUCUCUCGACCUUUGUGCACCUACGUUGUAAACUUUCAUUUAUAUAGACUAGGUUGUAGCAACCUCAUGAUGGGUACAGGGAACAUUAGAGUAUCAUGAAGUAGCCUAAACCUAUCCAUGUUACAUUGAACUGGGUGAAUGGAAUAUGAAUGACAGCCAUCCAAUAUGCUGUAAUAGAAAUAAGGCCAUGAUCAUGAAGAAAGAAAAUGGUCCUCCCUCAUCUUAAACGGCACUGACCGCCACUGGUAUGGUACCACUAUGAGUAUGGUAGUAUGGUACCACUAUGAGUAUGGUACCACUAUGAGUAUGGUAGUAUGGUACCACUAUGAGUAUGGUACCACUAUGAGUAUGGUAGUAUGGUACCACUAUGAGUAUGGUACCACUAUGAGUAUGGUAGUAUGGUACCACUAUGAGUAUGGUACUAUAUGAGUAUGGUAGUAUGGUACCACUAUGAGUAUGGUACCACUAUGAGUAUGGUAGUAUGGUACCACUAUGAGUAUGGUAUCACUAUGAGUAUGGAACCACUAUGAGUAUGGUAGCACUAUGAGUAUGGUACCACUAUGAGUAUGGUACCACUAUGAGUAUGGUAGUAUGGUACCACUAUGAGUAUGGUACCACUAUGAGUAUGGUAGUAUGGUACCACUAUGAGUAUGGUAGUAUGGUACCACUAUGAGUAUGGUACCACUAUGAGUAUGGUAGUAUGGUACCACUAUGAGUAUGGUAUCACUAUGAGUAUGGUACCACUAUGAGUAUGGUAGUAUGGUACCACUAUGAGUAUGGUACCACUAUGAGUAUGGAACCACUAUGAGUAUGGUAGCACUAUGAGUAUGGUACCACUAUGAGUAUGGUACCACUAUGAGUAUGGUAGUAUGGUACCACUAUGAGUAUGGUACCACUAUGAGUAUGGUAGUAUGGUACCACUAUGAGUAUGGUAGUAUGGUAUCACUAUGAGUAUGGUACCACUAUGAGUAUGGUACCACUAUGAGUAUGGUACCACUAUGAGUAUGGUAGUAUGGUAUCACUAUGAAUAUGGUAGUAUGGUACCACUAUGAGUAUGGUAGUAUGGUACCACUAUGAGUAUGGUAUCACUAUGAGUAUGGUAGUAUGGUACUACUAUGAGUAUGGUAGUAUGGUACCACUAUGAGUAUGGUACCACUAUGAGUAUGGUAGUAUGGUACCACUAUGAGUAUGGUACCACUGAGUAUGGCACCACUAUGAGUAUGGUAGUAUGGUACCACUAUGAGUAUGGUAUCACUAUGAGUAUGGUACCACUAUGAGUAUGGUAGUAUGGUACCACUAUGAGUAUGGUAGUAUGGUACCACUAUGAGUAUGGUAGUAUGGUACCACUAUGAGUAUGGUACCACUAUGAGUAUGGUAGUAUGGUACCACUAUGAGUAUGGUAUCACUAUGAGUAUGGUACCACUAUGAGUAUGGUACCACUAUGAGUAUGGUAGUAUGGUACCACUAUGAGUAUGGUACCACUAUGAGUAUGGUAGUAUGGUAACACUGAGUAUGGUACCGCUAUGAGUAUGGUACCACUAUGAGUAUGGUACCACUAUGAGUAUGGUAGUAUGGUAUCACUAUGAGUAUGGUAGUAUGGUACCACUAUGAGUAUGGUAGUAUGGUACCACUAUGAGUAUGGUAUCACUAUGAGUAUGGUAGUAUGGUAUCACUAUGAGUAUGGUACCACUAUGAGUAUGGUAGUAUGGUAUCACUAUGAGUAUGGUAGUAUGGUACCACUAUGAGUAUGGUAGUAUGGUACCACUAUGAGUAUGGUAUCACUAUGAGUAUGGUAGUAUGGUACUACUAUGAGUAUGGUAGUAUGGUACCACUAUGAGUAUGGUACCACUAUGAGUAUGGUAGUAUGGUACCACUAUGAGUAUGGUACCACUAUGAGUAUGGCACCACUAUGAGUAUGGUAGUAUGGUACCACUAUGAGUAUGGUAUCACUAUGAGUAUGGUACCACUAUGAGUAUGGUAGUAUGGUACCACUAUGAGUAUGGUACCACUAUGAGUAUGGCACCACUAUGAGUAUGGUAUCACUAUGAGUAUGGUAUCACUAUGAGUAUGGUACCACUAUGAGUAUGGUAGUAUGGUACCACUAUGAGUAUGGUACCACUAUGAGUAUGGUAGUAUGGUACCACUAUGAGUAUGGUACCACUAUGAGUAUGGUAGUAUGGUAACACUGAGUAUGGUACCACUAUGAGUAUGGUAGUAUGGUACCACUAUGAGUAUGGUACCACUAUGAGUAUGGUAGUAUGGUACCACUAUGAGUAUGGUACCACUAUGAGUAUGGUACCACUAUGAGUAUGGUACCACUAUGAGUAUGGUACCACUAUGAGUAUGGUACCACUAUGAGUAUGGUAGUAUGGUACCGCUGAGUAUUGCAGUAUUGUAUGGUAACACUCCAUUCUGCUGUUCUGUGGUAACUAUGAGUAUUGAGUCAUCAGUCUGUCAACACAGCUGAUGAGGGAACAGAAGAGCUCAAUGUCUUACUAAGCCACAGCAAUAAUUCCAACUAAAUCCAUUAUUAGGCUGAACUCAGAGCUGUUAUUUGGCCUUGUGUCAAUUUCCCAUCAGAAACAUCUCAUUCUCAUUAAGCCAGCCUUGUUAUCAGUGUUGAAUCAGUCAGUCAGGGCUGGUGUUGUUCAAACAGACACUGAGCCCAAGGCUGUUGUUGUCAAAGUCUAUCUCCUAAAUACGUAGGCCUAGUACCGGUCAGGUAGUUCAACACGCCUUCUCCAUUGAACAACAGAAAGUGAAAUUCCGGUAGUAGGCGAGGCUACCUCCCCGUUUCACUUCUUAAAACAUGUUUUGGCCCUUCUGAACACCAGCCAGGCAGACUGGUUGUUCUUUACCAAUACGGUUCUCCACUCCUAGAGCGCUAGUCAUUAGGCCUAGUCCAUGGGCCAGACUCCACUCCUAGAGCACUACAGUCAUUAGGCCUAGUCCAUGGGCCAGACUCCACUCCUAGAGCACUACAGUCAUUAGGCCUAGUCCAUGGGCCAGACUCCACUCCUAGAGCACUACAGCCAUUAGGCCUAGUCCAUGGGCCAGACUCCACUCCUAGAGCACUAGUCAUUAGGCCUAGUCCAUGGGCCAGACUCCACUCCUAGAGCACUACAGCCAUUAGGCCUAGUCCAUGGGCCAGACUCCACUCCUAGAGCGCUAGUCAUUAGGCCUAGUCCAUGGGCCAGACUCCACUCCUAGAGCACUACAGUCAUUAGGCCUAGUCCAUGGGCCAGACUCCACUCCUAGAGAGCUACAGUCAUUAGGCCUAGUCCAUGGGCCAGACUCCACUCCUAGAGCGCUAGUCAUUAGGCCUAGUCCAUGGGCCAGACUCCACUCCUAGAGCGCUAGUCAUUAGGCCUAGUCCAUGGGCCAGACUCCACUCCUAGAGCGCUACAGUCAUUAGGCCUAGUCCAUGGGCCAGACUCCACUCCUAGAGCACUACAGUCAUUAGGCCUAGUCCAUGGGCCAGACUCCACUCCUAGAGCGCUACAGUCAUUAGGCCUAGUCCAUGGGCCAGACUCCACUCCUAGAGCACUACAGUCAUUAGGCCUAGUCCAUGGGCCAGACUCCACUCCUAGAGCACUACAGUCAUUAGGCCUAGUCCAUGGGCCAGACUCCACUCCUAGAGCACUACAGUCAUUAGGCCUAGUCCAUGGGCCAGACUCCACUCCUAGAGCACUACAGUCAUUAGGCCUAGUCCAUGGGCCAGACUCCACUCCUAGAGCGCUAGUCAUUAGGCCUAGUCCAUGGGCCAGACUCCACUCCUAGAGAGCUACAGUCAUUAGGCCUAGUCCAUGGGAGGGGGUGGAAUGGGGUGGGAGGGGGUGGAAGCCCGAUGCGGAGGCAAUUAGUCUUGCCUCAACUACUCAGAGGUAGUCGAAGCUGCCAGAGGAUGCGAGUAGUCAAAGAAAGAGUCAUGUUAUCUAGGGGGAUCCUGGUAUAUCCACACUCACCCAUGACUCCGCAAGAGAAGAGAGCUGUCCCCUGGAGGCUCAUGGUCUGUGCCUUGAUCUGUGGAAACACAAGACAUCACAUCAGGAAACAACACUUCCCUUUGGGUUGGAAAACACCUCCACCAAGUCACCCUACCUCACCACUGGAGCUUAAUGUUCUGUCACCAAGUCACCUCACCACUGGAGUUUAAUGUUCUGUCACCAAGUCAUCUCACCUCACCACUGGAGCUUAAUGUUCUGUCACCAAGUCAUCUCACCACUGGAGCUUAAUGUUCUGUCACCAAGUCACCUCACCUCACCACUGGAGCUUAAUGUUCUGUCACCAAGUCAUCUCACCUCACCACUGGAGCUUAAUGGUCUGUCACCAAGUCACCUCACCACUGGAGCUUAAUGUUCUGUCACCAAGUCAUCUCACCUCUCCACUGGAGCUUAAUGGUCUGUCACCAAGUCACCUCACCACUGGAGCUUAAUGUUCUGUCACCAAGUCACCUCACCACUGGAGCUUAAUGUUCUGUCACCAAGUCAUCUCACCACUGGAGCUUAAUGUUCUGUCACCAAGUCAUCUCACCUCACCACUGGCGCUUAAUGUUCUGUCUGUACAUACACAGAACUAUGUGUAUGUACAGGAAGUGUAAGCUAGCAUCACCUACCCCCUAGAUAUGCAAUGCAAAUAUGCAAACCACAAAAACAAUAGUCUCUACCAGUGUGUGGUGUUUCAGUAGGUCUGUGUAACUGUGAAAUGAAAGAGGACGUUAAAGAGGGUGACUGCAGCUGUGACUGUGUAAUGGAUUCCCCCCCCCCCCCCUAUGAACAUCUAAAACGGCACCCUAUCCACUACAUAGUGGCCUAUAGCGCUCUGGUCCAAAGUAAUGUGCACUAUAUAAGGAAUAGGGUUCCCUUUGGGACACAGCCCUAAAUCAGUCUCCACCUUAAACUAAGGACCAGCCCUGAGACUGAGUAUGAUGAUGACGUUUCACAUGGAUAGAGGGCAAACUCACACUACACUACACUACACUACACUACACUACACUACAGGGGGAAUUUUCACUCUGUGCUAGUGAGAGGAAACGCUGAACACUUCUCUGGUGAGAAACAUGAGUCAGAGUCGCCCAGCCAAGCCUCCUUGUUGUUUCUAAGGUUGAGUCCCAAAACGGCACCCUUUUCCUUAUAUAUAUAUAGUCCACUACUUUUGACCAGAACCCUAUGGGCCCGGGCCCUGGUCAAAAGUAGUGCACUAUAUAGAGAGAAUGGCCCUUUGUUUUUCAGAAGAGUCAUGAAUGGAAGGAACUAAAAGGAUUCCAGAAUGGAAGGAAACAAAAGGAUUCCAGAAUGGAAGGAAACUAAAAGGAUUCCAGAAUGGAAGGAAACUAAAAGGAUUCCAGAAUGGAAGGAAACUAAAAGGAUUCCAGAAUGGAAGGAAACUAAAAGGAUUCCAGAAUGGAAGGAAACUAAAAGGAUUCCAGAAUGGAAGGAAACUAAAAGGAUUCCAGAAUGGAAGGAAACUAAAAGGAUUCCAGAAUGGAAGGAAACUAAAAGGAUUCCAGAAUGGAAGGAAACUAAAAGGAUUCCAGAAUGGAAGGAAACAAAAGGAUUCCAGAAUGGAAGGAACUAAAUGACACAGCCUCCCUUCAGUCCCUCGUGAUAACAGGUUGAGCUUUUACAAUCCAAAUCAUGAUUCAUUGUAAUAAAACUACCCUUUUAAAUCAAGCGAGUGAUGUUCAAAUUAUGUAACAGCGUUUUACAUCACUUCCUGAAUAGGAAAUUAUUGUAGUAGAGAGCAACGCUUUGAGUUGGGAGUUUUCCAGUGAAUUCAACCCAAGUUAGGCCCAAGUCCAUUAGUAAAGGAUUACAGCCGCUGUAAUCACAGCACGCGUCCCAAACGGCACGCUGGCAUAUUCCCUUUAUAGUGGAAUAGGUUGACAGAUUGCCCUAUUCACUAUAAAGGCUAUCAUUUGGUCCUCUGUAGCUCAAUUGGUAGAGCAUGGCGCUUGUAACGCCAGGGUAGUGGGUUCGAUCCCCGGGACCACCCAUAUGUAAAAAUGUAUGCACACAUGACUGUAAGUCGCUUUGGAUAAAAGCGUCUGCUAAAUGGCAUAUUAUUAUAUAUUAUACUGGUAGUGUAAGGUCGUAAACUGUUCCAUCUUUGGGAUGAUGAAGAAUGUAGCCGUUAGAUUAGACAGCAUCAAGACGUUAUUCUACACUGGGCUUGUGUUUCCUACUGACUGACAGUGUGGUUGACAUCAGUGUACUGACAAAACACUGGUCUUGUUUCCUACUGACUGACAGCAUGGUUGACAUCAGUGAAACAUCCAAUCACAUAGGAUAUAUGCAAAUAACAAAGCCAUAUACAGUGGGGAGAACAAGUAUUUGAUACACUGCCAAUUUUGCAGGUUUUCCUACUUACAAAGCAUGUAGAGGUCUGUAAUUUUUAUCAUAGGUACACUUCAACUGUGAGAGACGGAAUCUAAAACAAAAAUCCAGAAAAUCACAUUGUAUGAUUUUUAAGUAAUUAAUUUGCAUUUUAUUGCAUGACAUAAGUAUUUGAUACAUCAGGAAAGCAGAACUUACUAUUUGGUACAGAAACCUUUGUUUGCAAUUAUAGAGAUCAUAUGUUUCCUGUAGGUCUUGACCAGGUUUGCAAACACUGCAGCAGGGAUUUUGGCCCACUCCUCCAUACAGACCUUCUCCAGAUCCUUCAGGUUUCGGGGCUGUCGCUGGGCAAUACGGACUUUCAGCUCCCUCCAAAGAUGUUCUAUUGGGUUCAGGUCUGGAGACUGGCUAGGCCACUCCAGGACCUUGAGAUGCUUCUUACGGAGCCACUCCUUAGUUGCCCUGGCUGUGUGUUUCAGGUCGUUGUCAUGCUGGAAGACCCAGCCACGACCCAUCUUCAAUGUUCUUACUGAGGGAAGGAGGUUGUUGGCCAAGAUCUUGCGAUACAUGGCCCCAUCCAUCCUCCCCUCAAUACGGUGCAGUCGUCCUGUCCCCUUUGCAGAAAAGCAUCCUCAAAGAAUGAUGUUUCCACCUCCAUGCUUCAUGGUUGGGAUGGUGUUCUUGGGGUUGUACUCAUCCUUCUUCUUCCUCCAAACACGGCGAGUGGAGUUUAGACCAAAAAGCUCUAUUUUUGUCUCAUCAGACCACAUGACCUUCUCCCAUUCCUCCUCUGGAUCAUCCAGAUGGUCAUUGGCAAACUUCAGACGGGCCUGGACAUGCGCUGGCUUGAGCAGGGGGAUAUUGCAUGCGCUGCAGGAUUUUAAUCCAUGACGGCGUAGUGUGUUACUAAUGGUUUUCUUUGAGACUGUGGUCCCAGCUCUCUUCAGGUCAUUGACCAGGUCCUGCCGUGUAGUUCUGGGCUGAUCCCUCACCUUCCUCAUGAUCAUUGAUGCCCCACGAGUUGAGAUCUUGCAUGGAGCUCCAGACCAAGGGUGAUUAACCGUCAUCUUGAACUUCUUCCAUUUUCUAAUAAUUGCGCCAACAGUUGUUGCCUUCUCACCAAGCUGCUUGCCUAUUGUCUUGUAGCCCAUCCCAGCCUUGUGCAGGUCUACAAUUUUAUCCCUGAUGUCCUUACACAGCUCUCUGGUCUUGGCCAUUGUGGAGAGGUUGGAGUCUGUUUGAUUGAGUGUGUGGACAGGUGUCUUUUAUACAGGUAACGAGUUCAAAUAGGUGCAGUUAAUACAGGUAAUGAGUGGAGAACAGGAGGGCUUCUUAAAGAAAAACUAACAGGUUUGUGAGAGCCGGAAUUCUUACUGGUUGGUAGGUGAUCAAAUACUUAUGUCAUGCAAUAAAAUGCUAAUUAAUUACUUAAAAAUCAUACAAUGUGAUUUUCUGUAUUUUUGUUUUAGAUUCCGUCUCUCACAGUUGAAGUGUACCUAUGAUAAAAAAUUAUAGACCUCUACAUGCUUUGUAAGUAGGAAAACC